AUGGUGCCCCUGUUCAACGCCCUCGGCAUCUCCACCGAGCGCAUCGUUAUCAACCCGACAGCGCCCGAAUUUUUCCAAGCGACAAAGAAGAUUCACAACCUACUGCAGGGCGCAGAAGGCACCCUUACGGAACACGAACUCGAGGUCUAUCACGACAACAUCCGGAUGGUCGCCGAGGCCAUGAGCCAGGACUCGGUUUCCGCCGAUAUCUGGUUCCUCCACGACCCACAGCUACUGCCCUUGGCCGGCCUGCUCCGCCACAACGGCUCGGCCAACGCAAAGGCCUGGUUCUGGAUUUGCCACAUCGAUCUCACCCAUCCCAAUGAGAAUGCACUGGAAUCGCUGUUGCCGUUGCACUACGACUACGACCACUUGAUAUUCUCGCUGGAGGAAUACGUACCUCGCCACAUGCUGAACGGUACUCCGGUGUCCAUCGCUCCUCCCGCGAUCGAUCCGCUCACCGGCAAGAAUCAGCCUCUGCGCGAGAGCGAGGCGUGGGAUAUCGUUUCGGCUAUGGGCAUAGACCGCGCCCGCCCCCUGAUCACACAGGUGUCGCGCUUUGACCUCUGGAAGGACCCGUGGGGCGUUAUCGACGCCUACCGGAUGGCCCGCCACUCGAUACCUGGCCUGCAGCUGGCGCUUCUCGGCCUCUCGCAGGCCGCGGACGAUCCUGAGGCUCUGGAAGUAGUGAACAGCGUGGCGUCCCACGCUGCGGGCGACCCGGACAUUCACCUCUACCACGAUCCCUCCGGCCUGCCCGCGAGCAUCGACGGGAUGGUCAACGCAUUCCAGGUGGCUUCGUCGGUCCUGAUGCAAAAGUCCACUCGCGAGGGCUUUGGCCUCACUGUUACAGAGGGCAUGUGGAAGGGCAAGCCCAUGAUUGGCGGCGACGCCGGCGGCAUCCGCCUGCAGAUCGAGGACGGCGUCAGCGGAUACCUCGUCUCGUCUCCCAAGGAAUGUGCGGACCGCAUCGUUUCCCUGAUGACAGACGACGCAUUGGCCGGCAACAUCGGUACCGCUGCGCACGACAGUGUCAUGCGCAGCUUCCUGCUGCCCCGCCUGGCCCUUGACUACCUGAAGGUGGCGAAAGAGCACGCAAGCUGA